AUGGCUAUCUCCUGGUUUACACGUGUCGCCUGCUUGCUGCGUCACGGCAGCAUACCCCAUCUCGUACUGGCUCUCGCCUUCAUCCAACCAGUUCUCGCAUCGGUCAAUUUUGACCAGUGCUUCGCCGCCAUCCAGAGCGGAUCCUACGGACAAGAUGGUGGGACCGACAAUCACGGAAAUCCUGUUCCCGUUGAAAAUGCCACUGCCAUCACAUACUCGCUGUGUUUAUCAGCGUGUGGUUCGGACCAGGAGCCUUUUAGUUGGUCGACUUUUUCGCAGCAGUUCAGUGCAUGGCUGCUCCCUUACCUCGCACUCGUAUCUCAGCUUCCGUUCGGCGCGAAGCACAGACUGGGAAACCUCACGUCUGUCUACCUGACUGUGGGGUCGCCUACUCUUGCCGCGUAUUCCCUGGCCCUUACCGUAUUGAACGGGCGGUGGGUCGCUGGUCGGUUUUCCAGGAUAGCAUAUCCAAAUGCCCAGAAAGCUGCUCGCAUUCUUGGCAGUCUGCAGCAAGCCCAGCUUCGUAUCUCUUACGAUGACGCUCUUCUCUCCUCCCUCGUCGUUCUGCAUGAGAACAAUGCGUGGUGGGACGAGCUCGCCGAUGCCCUCGAUUACACGCACACGUGGUCCAUCGCUGCCCUCACCCAGAUUGUCUGGGUCGUCGCCGCCUACGUAUUCACCGUGGUGCAGUCGCUGACUGACAUCAACAGUAACAUCAAUUCCAACGGGCAAGGCGUCGGCUCUGUAUGGUUAUGGCUUCUGCCCAUUGUUGGAGGGUGGCUGCAGCUGUCCCCGAAAUGUGACACUGUGAGAUUACGCCGCGCAUUCGACAAGACAAACCCUCUUCCGUUUGUUACUACUCCUACAGGAGAGGUAGUCAAGGUAUCGAGCAUAACGGAUGAAAGAGCCUUGUCAAUUGACAGCUAUGCAGACGGAUUCGUCCGUGACGGGCAUUGGUUAGCAUCGGUGACCCGCGACCAAGAGCUUAGCGCACCUAUCUUUAACUAUGCACGCUUCCUCCCUUGGGUGCAGCGCGUCGAGGACGUCGCAGCUGCUUUUCGGGCAGCGGCGAUGAGGGCCAAGAACCAUAUUCCCGUCUCUGGGCAGCUGUGGACGCUGUCGGAGGACGGAAGCAUUCACAGAAACAACAGAACAGGCACUCUCGCGCAGGUGAUGGCCUACACCGAACCGCCCGUGUACAUGCGAAGGUCUCACUGGGGCCAGGGCGUGUUCACGCGGAUGUUUAUCGCGUCCGUGCUGGCGCUCUCGCUGCAGUGGGGCACGACGGGUGCGGCUGUCAUCGUCGUCUGGUUCACACCGACGAUUGGACUGGGCUGUCGCUCGGGCGCGUACCUUAUCUACGGGAUAGUGUCGACCAUGGUCUGGCUCAUCCUCAUCACCUCAAGCGCACUAGCGCACCACGCGUCGCCGCGCUCGUACCACGCAAGCAGCCCUCUAGCCAACAUGCGUUCCGUGCGCCUCGCGGGCAUGCUCGCCAUCGCGCUCCGCCGCGUCGGCAAGACGCUCGCGUUCAUGAACGCCGUGUGGAUCGUGCUCGCGUGCGUGUUCCAGUUCAGCAACGUGUUCGACCGGUGCUACUGCAACAGCAGCGUUACCGGGCUCGGGCGCAAUGCCUACGACGUCCUCGUGAACACCGAGACCGACCUGGUGCGGAUGCGGCUCGCGUGGGCGGCGGGCGUCGCGUUGGCAUCUUUUGUCGCUCUUGCGUUCUCGUUCUUUGUGAAUUUGAUCAAAGAUCCGGAGGACGAAGGGUGGUUUAGUGUGUGA